AUGCUGACUGCUUUCCUGAUGGGUCCAGGACGAUGGCUAGUCCUGAACGUAAUGACCUGCGACAAUCCGGAACAGUACGACUUAUUGUUCGACAUCAGCCGGAAGAAAAUCAACCGAACACACGAUUGCUUUGACAUUCACAUAAAUCUGGACAGAGUCAUCGAUAAUACUUAUAGGUCGGCAAACGAGCAGACGGAUUAUCUGAUGAUCGAAAUAGACGUUUAUCAGAAGGUGGAUGGAGGCUUCAAGUACUACCAAACUAUAGCUGACGAGAGCGCUUGCAAAUUCCUCAUGAGGCAGGCAGAAGCAAACGUCAAAAGGUUACUCGCUUCGGGGAACAUCGAUCCUCCGGAGUGUCCUUUACAAGCAGGUUUGAUCGAGAUCAAAAACUACGUGUUUGACUACAGGGAGCUGCCGAAAACUGGUGUCUAUGGAACAUUCGAGGCUCAUGCAUACAUCGUGUACAAGGGUAUCAGGAUGGGCUGCACUAAAGUUUUUCUCAACUUUGAUGAAGAUGAUGACGACGAAGAUGAUGAUGAUGAUUAUGAUGAUGAUGGAUUAUUUUAA